AUGAGUUCUUUAAUAUCAAGCGUUAAGCCCAUGUGUGAUCAAGCAGUUGCUGUGCUACACGAUGUACUCCCACGUCAUGAGUUGAUUGACGUCUUUCCAACAGUUAUGCCUGAGGGAGUGGAUAAUGGAUUGAAAUAUGUAGAACAGGAUGGAGAGGAACCAUUCCGCUAUAGUCACUAUGUUGCGAAGCCUCUAUGGGAAAUACUUCGUAAAUGUCGUGAUCAAUUAGAGAGCGAUGAGCAACUCAUUUCGCGUAGAAUGGCUAACGAGCUAGAGAUUGAACAGGAGAUUAUAGCACAAGGCGAUCACGUUCGCCAACUCAAAGGUGACCCUUCUGCAUCGGAGGACGUGAAAAAAGAAGCUAUUGAGAGGCUCUUAAGACUGAAAUUAACUUAUAAGGAGAUAACUGGGAAAGAAUAUGCGGCGGUUACAACUCAUAGGCAAAAGGAGAAGAAAUCUGCAGUUAACAAAAAGCAAGAACUAAAAACAGAUGGAAAAAAAGUGACGAAAUUGGGGAUUGAAAUUUCAAAGGAUGAAAAUUACUCUGAAUGGUACAGUCAGGCAUGGUUUGAUUGUGGCAUAAAGAAAUUGGGAGUGAAGAACUGCUAUUUUCCAAUGUUCGUAAGUAGCGCUGCUUUAGAACGUGAGAAGACACACAUUGCUGAUUUUGCUCCGGAGGUCGCUUGGGUAACUCGUGCUGGAUCUUCUGAAAUGGCAGAACCUGUCGCAAUUCGCCCAACUUCUGAGACCGUUGUAUAUCCAUCUUAUAAGAAAUGGGUGCAAUCUCAUAGAGAUCUGCCUAUUAAACUUAACCAGUGGUGCAAUGUCGUUAGAUGGGAAUUUAAGCAUCCCACACCAUUCUUACGUACUCGCGAAUUUCUCUGGCAAGAAGGGCAUACGGCUUUCGCAACUAGGGAAGAAGCAGAAAAGGAGGUGUUUCAAAUUCUCGAUCUCUACGCCGGUGUUUAUAUUGAUCUCUUAGCAAUACCUGUUAUUAAAGGCAGAAAGAGUGAAAAAGAAAAAUUUGCUGGUGGUGAUUUUACAACUACUGUAGAAGCAUAUGUGCCGUGUAAUGGCCGUGGCAUUCAAGGAGCAACAUCCCAUCAUCUUGGACAGAACUUUUCGAAAAUGUUUGAUAUCUCAUUCGAAGAUCCCGUCAGUGGUGGGAAGGCGUACGCAUGGCAGAAUUCUUGGGGUCUGUCUACACGCACGAUUGGUGCUAUGGUGAUGAUCCAUGCAGAUGACAAUGGACUUGUUCUGCCUCCGAAAGUUGCAGCUGUUCAGGUGAUCGUUUUGCCUGUUGGUAUUACUGCCCAAACGCCAGAUGAAGAACGGAAGCGUAUCAUGAGAACAGCAGAAGAACUGGUAAAAUUUCUUGUGGAUGUUGAUAUACGGGCUGAAGCAGAUCUUAGAGAGAACUAUUCGCCUGGCUGGAAAUUCAACCACUGGGAAUUGAAGGGCGUGCCUGUACGACUUGAGAUUGGUCCUAAGGAUUUGGCGGCAGACCAGGUUACAGUUGUGUUACGAUACAACGGCCAAAAGCAUGCAGUAAAAUGGUCACGGAUUGUUGACGAAUGCAAACGACUUCUAGAAGAAAUUCAUAUCAAUAUGUACAGCAAAGUGUUGACUGCACGGGAUACUCAUAUGAAGAUUUGCUACAACUUUGAGGAAUUCAAACAGCUUUUGGAUGAGAAGUUUAUCUUGCUGUCUCCGUUCUGUGGUGAAAUUGCUUGCGAAGAUGAGAUCAAGAAAGCCAGUACGAAGGAGGAAGCCGAUGGUGGAGCGUCUUUGAUGGGAGCAAAAACUCUUUGUAUUCCUUUAGAACAGCCAAAGGAAACAUUACCCGACCAAUGCAUCUUCCCAGCCUGUAAGAACAAAGCCCGAUUCUUCGCAUUAUUUGGACGUAGUUAUUAG